AUCCCUAAAUGGACUCUUUUCGCCAGGGCCCAGCUUGAGUCCGGGUUUUAGUUGGUGCGGGAGGCCUCAAGUUCUCGGAUAAGGCAGCUUCUGUCGCGUGGAACCGACUCUGGCUGCUGGAGCCCCAGGGAGGACCCAAGACAUCCGGAAACCAGAAAUGGUGAGCCUGCGGAGCCCGGACGUCCGGAGACCUGAGGAGGGGCUGGUCGCAACCGGCUGUGAUGGGACCCGAAUCCCCCUGGCGCAGCUUGACCCUCGGUCCCCUCGGCCUCAGGAUGGGGCUGGACCGGCAGCCGGGACCCCGAGCGUCCUGUCACGUCCCUGCCCGCGACUGCAGCCCCGGCUCCGGCGCCCUCUCAGGGCAACUGCGCGUCCGCAGCCCCGCGUCUCCCCACAUUGUGCUGGGGGCACGGGAGAGUCAUGGCGGCAUCCCGCCUCGGGAAUCAGUGGCCUUUGAGGAUGUGGCUGUGAACUUCAACCAGGAGGAGUGGGCUUUGCUGAGUCCUUCCCAGAAGCAGCUCUACAGAGAUGUGAUGCUGGAAACCUUCGGGAACCUGGCCUCUGUGGAAGUCUGGUGAAGAGACUCUGUGGACGUAAAGAAGGGAGUGACCAC